UCUAGUUAGCGACGUUGGUUAUGAAGUGAAUCACUGAAUCACUCGGGCAUAGAAAUUCGAAUAAAUAAAAGUAGGCUGCUGGCAGCCAGUAGUGAAAUAUCUCUAUGUCUGUGCGUGUGCCGCAAUGUGCGAAUGACAUAUUAGGCAAAAUCGUAACUACAAAGAAUAAUAUUACGUGUUGGGGUUGGAGGAGCUGCUCUCUCGAAUGGAUACAAAAACUUGAGGUGAUCUCGGGGAUUAUCACAGAAGUACUCGCAGUUAACGUUCGUGAACGUUAAUAAAGGGGGAACGAAAAGAAAACAUAUCGCAGUGCCUCUCUGAUCCGCGACAACUGGACUCAUUUGACUCGAUCAUCGGCAAGCAAGUUGUUGCCAUUGUGCCCACCAACCAACCUCGAUGUGGUUCACGUGUUAAUGGUACUGCAACAAACAAUUUUCACGGGUGAUCUAGUGACUCGCCCGUAAUAUUAUCGUAAUAAAAUGAAAAUGCGCGAGACGAAGUGUCAAACGAACAGACACCGAUUCUCCGUCAUAUCGCGUCUUGUGAGCGUCGAAUUUGAAACUAUGACGGAUUCCCCCUCUCGUUGAUUAACCUCCUUCCUGCAAUCCGCUCCCGCUGCCAGGUAGAACCACCGUCUAUCAACAAUCGUCAAUAAAUACAAUAUCGGCUGUCUGUCGCCGUUCCAACGCUAGCACACACUCAAAACAUACAAACAUAACCUAAAAAGUUCGCGGGAUGGGUAACUGCCUAUGCAAGGAUACUCAGGACGAGUUGGAACCUUACAGCAAUCGUAAUCACAAUGCGCAAAUUGGAAACACCGUCAUACCAAUUGCCAACGACACAGUCGCCGCCGGUGACGCAGCAACCGCUUCUCCCACGUUCAGGUUCCCAACAUCUGCAAACGUUGACAGAUUGGUGCUCGAGACCCUAGGAGUCAUCGGAACACUCGUCGACAACGAGCAAGAACCCCCACCGGCGAUGCUGAAGCUCCACGCCAUUGCAGACAAGGAAGAUGGGUGGAUUCAGGUCGUUAGUUCCAUGGUGAACGUCAUACCGAUGAGCGAUCCACUGGGACCCUCGGUGAUUACUUUGCUACUGGACGACUGUCCUCUGCCUUCAAAGGACUCAGUGUUGAGAUUGUCGCAAAUGUUUCAACUGUCUCAGAAGUUUGGAAACAAAGUUCAAACUACCGCAACGCAACAGCGCAAUAUUUGCGUUGUGCUUGGCUGUAUAGCAGACAAAUUAGCAGGACCAAGUAGUAUAGCAAUAUUAUCGGACGCCACCUUAGGCUACCUCGUGUCAAAUUUGAGAAAAGAUGUCGACCCCUACGUAGUGCUUUUUUCGUUAAUUGGAUUAGAAAAAUUUGCCCAAACUAGUGAAAAUAAAAUAACGAUAAAGAAAAGAUUGCUAGCUGAGAAAGGAAAUCCGUUGUUAGAGCUUGAAAAAUGGGUCGAUUCAUCCCAUUAUAUACAACGGCAAGUGGGCUUCUGCGCUCGUUGGUGCUUGGAUAAUCUAUUUUUAAUGGAGGGCAGAAAGUACUCCCACGACACGGUUGACACCACAGGUAUAAACGUGAUGUUGAACACGAAGGAUGUAAGCGAGUACUUGAAGAUUUCCCCAAACGGUUUGGAGGCACGCUGCGAUGCGUACUCUUUCGAGAGUGUCCGAUGCACCCAUCAAGUCCACUCUGGCAUUUGGUACUAUGAAACUUUGAUCAUUACACCAGGUGUUAUGCAGAUCGGAUGGGCUACAAAGGACAGCACGUUUCUUAACCAUGAAGGAUACGGUAUAGGCGACGACGAAUUUUCUUUAGCCUAUGACGGUUGUCGGAGAUUAAUUUGGCACAAUGCUAGGAGCGAGGCGCAGCAUGACAGGCCAUGCUGGAAAGCUGGUGACAUUUUAGGCUGUUUGUUGGACUUGGUCAAGAUGGAGAUUAUUUUUUCAAUAAACGGCUUCCCUCUCAAGCCCUGUACUCAAGUUUUUAAAACAGCAAGGUCUGGAUUUUUUGCCGCGGCUAGCUUUAUGUCGUUCCAACAGUGCCUGUUCAACUUUGGCAAUGUAUCCUUCAAGUUUCCACCAACAGACAGAAAAUAUCAAAAAUUUAAUGAUCAUGCAAACUUGACUGCCGAGGACAAAGUCGUUUUACCUCGUCAUAUUUAUUUGGAUCAGCUAAGGAAAUUAAGCGUGAGAGAAGACUCGUGCACUUUGUGCUUUGAUCAAAAAGCCACUGUAAGGUUGCUGCCCUGUGAUCAUAGGGGAUUCUGCCAAACGUGUUCGAGACAGUUGAUCGAGUGUCCGAUGUGUAGAGCAACGAUAAAAGAGGUUGUUCCUGACAACACAUGACACCCGUGAAACGAUAAUUAGCAUUUAAUAAUUAACAUUUACUACCGUUUGUUUUUCUCGUGUAAUAUAAGUGAUACAAAAAUAUGCAAAAGAUUCGCUCCGCAAGAUAAUCAUUUGCGUUAAAUUAAUAUCCGGCGUUAAGCCGUGUAUUCAAUACAUGAAGCAUUGUAUUAUUUGAUUCAUUUCACAUUAGUCACGUUUCGCGGUUUACAGUAUUUCCGCAGGAGUGAAGGACUGAGAAUUUUGCUAUCGGUAAAACCAAGUAGAGAAACACACAUGUGGACGUGUACGGAAAAAGAAAAGAAGCCAGGGAGCACUAGCAUAUCUCUACGAGAAAACUUCGCUGUAAUUCGCGUAUUAACUUUCAACAGUUCCUAAACUAUUGUUUGAUAUUACAGUGGAAAAUUUUAUCUUCGCAUGCGAGGAGUUCAUUCUUGACGCUUAUAGUAUUAUGUGAUAUGAUCUAAAGUUUGAAUCGGAAGUCCUUCUCUUCUCAUACGUAUACAUUACAUAUGUACUUACAUUGUAAUUUAAUGAUAUGUGAAUGCAGAGAAAAUUCGCGCUAUCGCUGUUAUAUCUCCGAAAACACGACGUCCUACCGAUAGAUCGUCUCUUGAGAAAGAUAAUCAUGUGAUUUCUCAAGUAUAAAUAUAUUUUUAAGCUUCUGAAAAGUUUGUAUAAAAACAAAAGAUAUAUAUAUGUACGUAUAUAUAUAUAUAU